UGGGGGGAUCUUGCUCCGUAAAUUACAGCGCCUUGCAUGUCAGAGGAGGAAGGCCUUAUAUGGGCAUGGAAGUAGGUGUGGCCAGCUGGCUGCUGGUGGCUGUGGAUCACAAGACAAGCAGAGACACAGCAGAGAGAGAGUCGAUGCACAGCAGAAAGGGCCGCAUUACCAUUACCAGCGUGAGUUUACCGUGCAACCCUUGUGCAAUCAUGUGCAACAGACAGAUUUCUGCAGAAUAGCAGCGCACAAACUGGGAACGAUCGGCCCUUUUGACUCCACAGCGAGGAGGAGGAGGAGGAAGAAGGAGGAGUAUGAGGGAAAAAGUACCAGUGAGUGAGGUCAGCUCAGCAGCAUAGCAUGAGUCAACCUUGGGGAUGUAUGCAGUCAUCAUCAUCGCAUGUCUGUCUGUAUUGUGCGGCCUGCUGCACAAAGCUGCUGCUACUGCACAAAGCUGCCAGUGUGCUCUCUCCUGCAGGCUUCUAGCAGCUUUCAUGACAAACACAGGUGUCGCCCAUGAAUGAGAAAAGCACACGGACGUCUUCAGAUCAGCUUACCCCAGGGCGGCGACCUCUGAGUGGGUCACGAAGAGCUUCAGAGGGAAGGAGAAGAUUAUCGUGGUGGCCCUUAAAACUCUGAUGUCAAUGUAGUUAUACAGCUUGAUUUUUUUUGGAUUGAUAUAUUCAAGUGAUCCUAGCUGGUUUCGGUUGAAAACAUUCACCUGGUUCGGCGUCUUCAUGCCCGUCAUGAGCGUACCAGCCCAGCAGAAACCCAGCGCCAAACGAACGGGCAAACGCAUCACGUUUUUCACUGAUCCAAGCAUAGCAAUGAAGGAGACUUCUCAACACCCCGAGGGGUCCUACUACGUCCCCGGUGGCCCCGCCUCAGACCCCGGACAGAGCGAGGCUGCGAGCACCGUGACUUCCAAUCCAGAGGCUCCUCACAUGUACCUCAACUCUGUUAUCUUCAGCCCGGAUAAGGGCGACCAGAGCCGGGGUCACUAUCAGCAGACUGUGCCUAUGAAGUGGGCCCACCAGGAGCCCAGUCAGCAGCAGCCGUCUCUGUCUCAGCAGCAGAGAGCCGCGACCUGGAACACCAUGACGAACUGGGGGCAAAACUUUGCUAAUUAUAUUGGGGGAGUAACAGACUCAAGGACCCAGAAUGCUUUUGUGAAGUCGAUGCACGAGACUUCUGGCAUGCAGCCGCAUCAACAGCCCCCUAACAGAGCUGCAGACAAGCAGAACCCUUCUGUGGACGCGUACAGGGAUGCGGUUAAGGCUCGGGGGCUGGAUUGGGAGCAGCAGCAGUCGCAGGCCUUUCAGGAGACUUUGAAACCCGGGGCGCUGAACACCCAGCAGCACAGCACAUCCCACCCAGGAGGAAGCUCAGUGUUGCAGCCCUUCCAGUUGGCCUUUGGUCAGCCCAAGCAGCACCUCCCGGCGUACUACCAGACCUUUCAAGGCAACAGGACGACGCUACCUAACCCGCCUAACUACUCGACGCAAGCAAAACCGCCACACCAGUUGCAGCAGCUGCAGAAGCAAGAGCAAAUCCAGCGCCAGCAGCAGCAACACAUACUCCAGCAACAAAUUCAGCAUCAACAAAUGCAGCAGCAGCAGCAGCAACAGCUCAUUCAGCAUCAACAGCAUGUACAGCAGCAGCUUCAGCAGCAGCAGCAGCAGCAGCAACAAAAGAUCCAACAACAGCAGCAGCAGCUUCAAAUUCAGCAGCAAAUGCAACAUCAGCAGUUGCAACAACAAAACCCUCAUGUGCUUGACUAUUACCCCGCCUCACAAAAUGCACACCCUCACCCGCAUCCACAUCCACAUCCACAGCCCGUGGUUGUACACUCCCAGGAGUCCUCGGCUCCAGCUCCCCCGAAAAUCCAGGAGCCGAUUAUCCAAGACAUCACCCCGGAACCCCAGCAGCCUUCAGAUCCGCUGCCGCCCCCUCUCCUGACGCAAGAGCCCCAGUCGCAAACGCAGUCCCAAACGCAGCUUCGCAGAUCACGGCGGCUCUCGAAGGAAGGCGGGGCGCCGUCGGACAACCCUUUUCUCGCCGUCUCUUCGGAGCAGGCCGCCCCGGGGCCGCAUCAGGGCUCGCAGAACGGGGCUCGCGACAUCCAGGCGGCUCCGACGGGCGUCAUCCAGAGCACACGGAGGAAACGCAGGGUGUCUCAGGAGGUCAACCUGGAGACCCUCGCUCAGAAGGCCUCGGAAAUGGAGUCUCUGCCACCACAUAUUGUAAAGGAGCCCCGCCGGCCGUGGAGUCCCUCUGAAACGGGCGGUAUGAACGCCAAGCGGCCUCGAGACGACAGGUUCCUGCCGCUCGUCAUCCCAGUGUCUGUUCCGGUGCGAAGGCAGCCCUCCUCUCCAGACAGAGAUGGAGCCGCCCUGGCCUCCGGCUGGCCCCUCAGGCAUUCAAACCCCCAGGACCUCGGCCGCGCCGACCACAAGCCCUCGGUCAUCGUCACCCGGAGACGCUCACUCAGGAACUCGUUGUCGGAGAGCUCAGAGCAGAAUGGAAGAACCGAAGGGGAGAAAGACGAUGACGGCAAAAAGUCUAAACGGCGUCCCCGGCCCGAGCCUCUCUUCAUCCCGCCGCCUAAACCCGUUUUUUUCAUUGCCCCUCCCGUCUACUCCAGUAUCACCCCUUACCAGAGCCACCUACGUUCCCCCGUACGCCUCAUCGAAAACCCGCUCUCCAUCCCCCCCUACACGCCUCCGCCAAUCCUCAGCCCCAUCCGCGAGGGCUCUGGCCUCUACUUCUCCACCUUCCUGUCCUCUGCUGCCGCCAGUAGCCAGGGCCUGCCACCUCCUAUAACACCCAAGUCUGCAACACGCAGCCUGUUGCGCUCCAACAGCUGCGACAUCACACCACCAGUUCUGUCUGCUAUUGGCGAGGCCACUCCAGUCAGCAUAGAGCCACGGAUAAAUAUUGGGUCGCGGUACCAGGCCGAGGUGCCAGAGCUGAGGCAGCGGUCAGCUGUCGAGUUGGAUCAUCAUCGAGCGGAGCUGGUCUGGGUGCCGCUGAAUGAGCUGGAGGAGAAACCGGACUUCCAGCAGAAAGUGGAAGACCUCAUGCACCUGGCCUGCUCCAGUGUUUUGUGUGGAGGAGGCACCAACCAGGAGUUAGCCCACCAUUGUCUGUACGAGAGCAAAGGGGACAUAAUGGCGGCUCUGUCUCUCCUGAUGCUAAGGAAUCCAGUUUUCCCCAAAUCUCAUCAUCUGGCCAAUUAUCACUUCUCAGGAUCAGACAGCUGGACCGCAGCGGAGAGACGCCAGUUCAACAAAGGCAUCACUGCACACAAGAAGGACUUCUUCAUGGUGCAGAAACAGGUGACCACUAAGUCAGUGGCGCAGUGUGUGGAGUUUUACUACACGUACAAGAAACACGUCAAGAUCGGCCGCAACGGGCUGCUGAUGUACGGCGAGGCGGAGCCUCUGGAGAGCAAGACCACCGAGGAGGAGACGGACCACAAGGGCUCUCACAGACUGGAGCCACAGAGGGAGGAGGACAGCAGGAAGUGGGAAGGGUCAGCUGACAGGAAACAGGAUGUCGGCCCCACCACGGCGACGCACACGCUGCAGACGGCUGAGAAUCCGGGGUCUGUCCUGAUCAUGAAAGGCCCGGAGGACGAGGUGCGGGACCAGCCGUUGUCCCGAGUUAUCCACCCUCCUCUGCCACCCCCUCCCAGCACCAAACCUCGCUACGACGGCAACGCACGCAAGACCAGCCCGUCGACAGGCAACAAAGGCACAGCUGGCCAGGAGGGAGAGUUCCCCUGCAAGAAGUGUGGCAGGGUUUUCUCCAAGGUGAAGAGCCGCAGCGCCCACAUGAAGAGCCACGCCGAGCAGGAGAAGAAGGCUGCAGCGCUGCGUCAGAAAGAGGCCGAGGAACGAGCUGCGGCAAAAGCAGCCGCCGAGGAGCUCGUCGCAAGGCAACAGAACGGGACGCGACAAGUCGGCGGGGAAAGCACCAACGACGACUCGUCGGCUGGGGACGACGAGGACGACGAGGACUGGCAGUAAGAGACACACUUGACUGCACCGUGCAGCGUGGCUUUAUCUCUACUGGGACGGGAGGAGGGGAAAAAGAAGAAUCCCUCCCGUGUGUGUAUAUUUUGUGGAACAAGAAGACGUUGCGUUGCGUGGCACAUUCAGGGACAGAUUUACUCCUGUGUUUGUGAAUGAGUGUGCAACGAUGAGUUUGUAUGUGCUUUUCCAAAACACCCCCUUUAAUCCGCUUGAAAAGCUUUUCAAGAGUUACCUCUCUUGGUCACAGGGCUCCGUCAAAUCAAAGCCAUGCCGCCUCUCUCGGCGCUCUACUUGCUCUCCAUACCAGGCCGCGGCCUUCCUCAGCACUUCGAGUCUCGCCCCAUUUGACGGGCGAGGAACUUGUUGGACUCCUUAUUUCCUCUCUCGAUGAGCCACAGCACGCGCUUGCUUAAGCCGCAUCCCAGUUGGAUGAAGUUUUGGCGAUAUGAAGACUGAAAUCUGACAGCUGGGGGAGUGCGGCGAGGCGAACGAACGGAGGGUCGUGCUGUUAUUUCUCUGCUCUACGACGGACAGAUGGACGGAUGGAUGGCAUGUGCAAACUGUUGCCUUUGUUUCGCCGCUCUUCUGCACUCAAGGCUGCCAAAAGCUUUCUCAGACGCAUGAUGUGCACCAAAUGGGUUCCCCCCCGUACCCUCUCUCUCUCUGUGAGCGUUGUUCAUCUGGGCUUUAGUUCUGUGAAUCCCCCCUCGGCCCUCGUCACUUUUUAUAGUUCCCAGUUUGUUCCUCACUGUUGAUGCCUUGGAUGUUUUGAUGCUUUUUAUCUUGAAAUGACAAUCAAUUUUACACUGUUGUUGUUGUUUUUUUUAUAAAUAUAUAUACAGGUAAACGUUACUUUUUCUGCCUGUGUCGCUAUAUAUGGUUAUUGUUGUUGUUUUUGUGAAUAUUCUUGUUGAUUACUAUUAUUAUUAUUAUUAUUAUUAUUAUUAUUAUUAUUAUUAUAUCAUCUUGGUUUUGGCUGCAAUUUAAUUGAGCGCUUUUCCGUACUUGUCCAUAGCUUUUUUUUCUUUUUCUUUUUUUAUUUAAACAAAAAAACAAAAAUAAUGCUACUUGCUGCCUGUUUAUAACUGUGAGAUUUUUUUUGGAAGCCAGAAAUGAAGAAAAGGCAGAAAUGUAAUGUGCAAUAGAACAAGUUGACCCCCUGUUACCAGAGCGUCCAAGCCCUCCCUCUCCCCCUAUCCCUCUCAUGCUUACGACUGGCUUCUCUGGAUGCCUCGUUGUCAACCCUGUAACUGAUAGGAGGUACUGACUCAGACUGUUGAAACCGCAGGUCUCUAUAGAUACACAUAACGAAGUGGGAAAGACAAACAAACAGCACAAACUAAUUUAAGACACGUUUUGCAAACAGAUAUCAAUGUUUAUGAAAUGCUUGCUGCCCUGAAAUUUUAUCCAGAGUGAAUAAUUUGCUGAUACAAAACAGGCGUUAAAAGAAGCAGAUGCAUUCUACAACGGUAGACCAAACUUCACCUAGAGUUUGCAGGUUUUAACAGGAGACUUUAAAUACCGAUAUAAGACAUGAGUUUUCUUUGCUCUUUAGAAACAGACAUCAAAUGUCACUAAAUUAUUUACUGUCAUCAACAAACAGGGAUUAAGGGAAGCAGAGACAUUAUUUACUGUAAACUAAACUUGACCCAGUUUUGCAGGAUUUAACAGGAGAUUUUAAAUGCCGAUAUAAGACUUAAUAUUUUUUAGUUGCUUUUUAGUACCAGAUAUCAAAUGUCAUUAAAUUAUUUACUUCCAUCAACAAAACCGACAUUAAGCGAAGCAGAAGCAUUCUUUACUGUAAACCAAACUUAACCCAGAUUUUGCAGGUUUUAACAGGAGAUCUUGAAUGCUGACACGAGACUUGAUUUUUAAAAACCAACCAGAUAUUAACAUCUAUAAUAUACUCUCUUACUCGCAUUUCAGCUUGACUUUUUUUUUUUUACACUUUCCCACAAGCUGUAAAUAUGUCAGUAUAUUAUUUACUGUCAUCAACAAACAUGCAACAAGAGAGGCAGAAGCAAUCUUUUCUGCAAACCAUACUUAACCCACAUUUUGCAGGUUUUUAAAGGGGUUUCUGAGCGCUGUAAUGAGACUUAUAGUUUCACACCAAACUUGAUUUUGCAAGUUUCAACAGGAGAUUUUAAAUGCUUAAGACUUAAUAUUGUCUUUGCUUUUUAAGCAGAAGCAUUCUUUACUGUAAACCAAACUUAACCUAGAUUUUGUAGGUUUUAAUAGGAGAUUUUGAAUGCCGACAUAAGACUCGCUUCUUAGAACCAGAUAUCAACAUCUAUAAUAUACUCUCUUGCUCAUUUCAGCUUGACUUUUUUAAACUUUCUCACAGACUGUAAAUAUGUCAGUAAGUUAUUUACUGUCAUCAACACACAUGCAUUAAGAGAGGCAGACAUAUUCUUUACUGUACUCCAAAUUUAACUCAAAUUUUGCAGGUUUUUACAGGAGGGCUGUUAUGAGACUUAUAUUUUCACACUAAAAUCCCUGUUUGCUGAUAUUUGGUGACUCUAAAUUGAAACCUGUUAUGCCAGAAAGCUUUGGAGAGUAGAUACUCUCGUGACACUAACACGCUCCCGUUGAAACCUCAACUAUGUGGGUCAGCAGUUUACUGAAGGGCAGCGUGACAUACUGUAGCUUAUUGGGAAAACUGUUGAAAAGAUUUGCAAAUAUAGUAAGAAUUGAACUGCAGAUAGUGGUUUGUUAGGAACGAUGGUGGUUGGUAGUUAAUAUCAGCUCAAUAAGUUCAUGUCUAACCCUAACAUGUGUAUCUAUGGUUGACUUUAUUUCUGUUUACCUUGUUGCCGAUAGCAGGCGCUGAAUUGGACUAUGGAAACGUCAUGUUUUGAUCUCUACAUAUCUCGACGUUAAGCCCUUCGGCCCGGAGCCAGCUUCUGUUGCCGCAGCAACAAAUGGGUUAAAGGGUUAUUUUCCUUUUAAAGGACAAACCACAGUGGGGAAGUUGGGGAGGAAACGGCUCCAAUUACCAGUUACUCCACAAGUUAAACCUGGGUCUAUGCACAGACUGUGUGUGUGUGUGAGUUAGAAGUGUGUGUGUGAGUGUGCUUUGUGAGAGAGGUCAAAUGUUAAAACUAUUCGCCAGUCAAUGAAAAAAAAAAAACGUUUUGCAGACUGUUCACGUUUGUUAUGUUAAUUUAUAUUUCCUUUUUAUUUGGGCUUGUCUUGAGGUUCUCGCGGAGGGGGUGGGUGGGGGGGAGUUGUCGCCACGAAAAAAAGGUUUUCAAGCUGUUUUAAAAAAAGAAUUAUGGAUGAAAUGAUGAAAUGGAGGUCGUCGACACAAACACACCGCUGUAAACUUUCCUCGUUUCAUCCAGUCGGUUAAGGGAAUUUUAAGACAAAAGGUUUAUUUAGCUAAAGAUUAGAAAAAUAUAUAUGAAUGAAAUUCUAUGUUUGCAUACUUUCUAUGCUAUUUUCAUAUAUGGGGUUCACACUAAUGAUGAAAAACGGAAAGGAAUCUCAAGUGCUUUUUACUACAGUGUAACUUAUUUGUUUCGAUUUGAUUUUUACCACCUGUGUUUUUAGUAAUGAUUUACGAAGCACUGUAUAUUAAAGUUUUAAAAUAUUCAUGAA